CAGUUGAAUUCGUGGCUAGUGGUCAUUAUAAACACUAUUCGUCCGCUUCUGCUCUGCAAGAUAAAAUAAAAAGAUUAGAAUCUGAAAACCAAAAAUUAGCAAGGUCGUUAGAAAAGUCGAAUAAAGAACAUAAAUCUUUUAGCAUAAAGAUCGUACGAGCAGAGGAAGCGAAGCAAAAAUAUAUUUCUAACAUUCGGUCUAUUGCUCAGAAAUCAAAAAAAAUCACAAAAAAUCAGUUUAAAAUGGCAGUAAAAAAAAUGAUAAAAAAAAAUAAUAAUGAAUACUCAUCUGAAUUUGUUAGGCUUGCUACUACUAUAA